CCAUCCUUGGGGCACCUCCCUUGCCCGCUCAACAGGCCUCCGUUAACCAUGUCAUUCCUUAUUUUGUUCUUGUCAGACCCUGUUGGGAUUGCUCUGCUGGGGGCUCUGCUCUUGGGGGGGCUGUUCUGCUUCCUCAGGAGACCCAAAGAGCCAGCUGGGAAGUGGCCUCCUGGGCCAACCCCCCUCCCUUUCAUUGGGAACCUUCACUUGCUGGAUCUCAGGAGGCAAGACAAGUCACUGAUGAAGAUUUCAGAGAAAUAUGGCCCCAUCUUCACCGUUCACUUUGGUAUCCAAAAGAUGGUGGUACUGACUGGUUAUGAGGCCGUGAAAGAGGCAUUGGUCAACUCUGCUGAGGAGUUUGCUGACCGACCACCCAUUCCUAUAUUCCAACGCAUUCAGGAAGGCCAGGGUAUAUUUUUCUCAUCUGGAGAACUAUGGAAAACAACUCGCAAAUUCACCAUGUCAAGCAUGCAUAACCUUGGGAUGGGGAAAAAGCUUUUAGUGAAGAAGAUUCUGGAAGAAUUUAGUUUCCUGGCAGGAUUGAUAGAGUCUUUCAAAGGUGAGCCUUUCAAAUUGAAACUAUUCAACAUGGCACCAACCAAUGUCACUUUUCUUCUGCUUUUUGGAGACCGAUUUGAUUAUCAAGACCCAACAUUUGUAACUUUAUUAAGACUAAUAGAUGAAGUUAUGGUUCUUCUGGGCUCUCCCUUCCUCCAUCUAUUUAACUUCUACCCUUUCCUUGGAUGGCUCUUCAAACCCCACAAAACAAUCCUAGUAAAAAUAGAAGAGGUGCGAGUCAUUAUAAGGAACUACAUGGAGGCAAGUAAACAGCACAUCCCUGGAGGAUAUGUCACCAGCUACACUGAUGCCUUGAUGCAGAAGCAGAGUGAGGAACCAAAGACGGAGACCUAUUUCUCAGAUGCAAACAUUGUCGCCUCCAUCCUUGACUUGGUGAUGGCUGGCACUGAGACAACAUCUACCUCUUUGCAGUGGGCCAUCCUAUUUAUGGCCAAAUACCCAGAAGUUCAGGCCAAAGUACAAGAGGAGCUGGACCGAGUCCUUGGACCAAGGAGGCUGCCUGAGUAUGAAGACCAAAAGGCACUGCCUUACACUAAUGCUGUAAUUCAUGAAAUUCAGAGAUUCGUUACCCUUCUUCCCCAUGUCCCUCAUUCCAUGUCAGUGGACACCCAUUUCCGAGGGUACUUUCUCCCCAAGGGCACUGCUGUAAUUCCUUUGCUUACUUCUGUACUUCUUGAUAAGACUCAGUGGAAGACCCCAAAUGAAUUCAACCCCAGCCAUUUCUUGGAUGCUGAUGGGAACUUUGUGAAGAAGGCAGCUUUUCUUCCCUUCUCCAUUGGCCGCCGUGUUUGUAUAGGGGAGAGUCUAGCCAAGAUGGAGAUGUUUCUAUUCUUUGUGAGCCUGCUUCAGAGAUUCACUUUCCACCCACCCCCAGGCAUCAAAGAGUCUGACCUAGACAUCAGCCCUGAGGCAACCUUCACCAUGAGACCUCAGCCUCAGAAUGUGUGUGCAGUGCCAAGGUCCUAAGGAAUGACCACAGGCCAUUGUGGGAAUGGAAUCCUCUCAGAUUAAAUGGCAGACAAAACACAAGCCAGUGGGAGCCUCACUUGGUGGCAGAACUGUGCAUAGGUUCAAAUGUGUCUUUGACAUCCUCAAAUCUCUCUGUUUUGGGGUCUCUGCUUCCCUUGGUAGUAACCUUCUUUUUUACCCUCCUGAUUUAUAGCUAGUUACUCCAGUGUCCUUUUGAUUUCUACCUUUAUUCCUAUCAAAA